GUUUGUGUGUGUGUGUUGUCGGGGCCUCCGGCUGCAUAGUUCACAUUUCCCAGGCGCAUCAUCAGGGCUGACGUGGGCUCUACGUGUGCAGCGAGUCGGGCUUCCUCUUCACCCGUAACGAGUGACGAGUUUCUACGUAAAACUCGGGCCGAUCGCCAUGGAAACUGCAACCAUAGCGCAACAGGAAGCCAGUGCAACUGAGAAAAUAACAAGUGAGAUACAGUCAGAUUCUGACUCACUCACACAGGUGAACGAGGGUGUAGCUGUGGUGUCAUUACCUAAUGGACAGACACUACAUGUGCAGGGAGUCAUUCAGACAACACAGCCCUCUGUUAUACAGUCACCUCAGAUACAAACUGUGCAGGUAGCUUCUGAUACUGCCGGUCCGGGUACAACACCAUCAGAUUCUCAGAAGAGGAGGGAGAUUCUGUCCAGACGCCCGUCUUAUAGGAAAAUUCUUAAUGAGUUGUCAUCAGAUGUACCUGCUGUGCCAAAGAUCGAGGAAGAGGAGAGAGUUGAGGAAGAAGCCCCGCCCACCUCUAGUGUUGCUACGGUGACGGCACCAUCUUCAGUCUACCAGACCAGCUCAGGGCAAUACAUAGCAUUCACUCAGGGUGGAGCGAUACAGCUGACCGGCCCUGGAGGAGAGGCCUUGCAAGGGGUUCAGGCUCUGACUCUUCCCAGCCCCGCCACACCCCAGCCCGGGGCCACUAUCCUGCAGUACGGCCCCCAGCCUGGAGACCCUGGCCAACAGCUACUGCUAAGUGCUGGACAGGUGCUCGUUCAGGCUGCCACAGGAGACAUGCCAGCGUAUCAGAUCCGCUCCCCGUCGUCCGGGUUACCACCAGGUGUCGUCAUGGCAGCGUCGCCGGGCGCCAUGCACAGCCCACAGCCAAAUGCAGAGGAGGCCACACGCAAGAGGGAAGUCCGCCUGAUGAAGAACAGGGAGGCGGCGCGCGAGUGUCGCCGAAAGAAGAAAGAAUAUGUCAAGUGUUUGGAGAAUCGCGUCGCUGUGCUGGAAAACCAGAACAAGACUCUCAUAGAGGAGCUCAAAGCUCUCAAAGACAUCUAUUGCCACAAGCCAGAAUAGCCCUCACAAACACUGCGCAAGGACUGUGUGAUACACAAACUACCUGUCUCUUCUCCUCUUCUGUCGCACCGCCUGGAUUUGAUCGUUUUCGCUCGUUUGUUUAGCCAAAUGUUUUUAUAAGAAGUUGCUAACGUUGCUUUGAGGAUGCUGAGGUCUACUGCUGUCUGCAGUUUAUCCUCUCUCUCUCACACACACACACACAGACACACAUUUUAAGAUUGGCAUAUAUUAUUCCUGUUCUCUGUGUUUCGAAAAAACUGGAACUCUUCAUUGAUAUGUGUGGAGAAAUGUAUGUGCUUUACUUUAAGUUGAAAGCAAAGAUCAUUGAGUAGAUGUUAACUGGUUGCACACUGCUCACGUAGGCAGCAUGUUAACAGUUUUGGCACAUAAAUAUGGAGAAAAUACGCUGUAAGCCUAUUUGAAGCAACGUAAAAUAAUGGAGUGAUAUACUUAUUAAUUGUUUGAUGCAGGUCACAUUUGUAGUGACAGUUUAUUGAAUGUAUAUUGGGUCCUUUUCCUCAUGUAAAUUAGAUUUCAAUCACAUUUGUACAUUUCAAUAUUUAUUUUAUAAUAUGGUUUAUUAAUAAAUAAAUAAAUAAGUAAUGUAGUACCCCAGAAAUCACUAUAUUUUCUGUAUAGAUUCCAGAUUCAGGUCAUGCUGUUUAUGUGUGCAGUGUGAAACACAAGUUUCCACAUAGUAGUUUUUAUAUCGGUGAAAUUAUGUGUGUUAGAUGGAUUGAACUGUUUUAAGUUGUUUAUUAGCAGUCAUGAGCUCAUGGCUGAAUGUAACAGUGACCCAUAACUUCACCAAGAAACGUGACAUAAUGUUGAUGAUUACAUAAUGACAUAAAGUGCUUAAAGGGAUAGUUCACCCUAAUAUUUCAAUUUUGUGUGCACUAUUUUUCUUCUGUGGAACACAAAAGAUGACAUUUU